GAGAUAGUUAGUCAUAUUCAUAGACAUAUUUGUAGUUCAUUUGAAGAAAAAAAAAGUUGGGAUUUUUUUUUCCAUCUUUACAACUUUUUGAGAUAUUUGAGGUUGAAAGGUUUUUUAGUAUCUUGCUAAAAAGAACUUGGGAGAUGACUGUUCGAUCGAAUAGUUUAAAAGGAACACAUUUGGAAACUAUUAUACAAUCGAAUAAUGAAGUCGAUAAGAUGACAAGGAAGAAUUCGAUAAAUUUAAGGAACUGUGAUCCAAAGAAACUGAUGUUAGAGACCACAUUAUCAUUCAAGAAUCUGGUUCAAGACUUAGAUAUAUCAGAAUGGAACGAAAAAAAGACGAGAGCAACAGUUUCAUUACCCGAGCCUUCGAUUCUGUUUUCUCCACGACCUGUUAGUGAGCUUGAUGCUGCUGCUGUUAAGCUUCAGAAAGUGUAUAAGAGUUAUAGGACAAGAAGAAAUCUUGCAGAUUGUGCUGUUGUGGUUGAAGAACUAUGGUGGAAGGCUUUGGAUUUCGCAGCUCUCAAGCGGAGUUCUGUUUCGUUCUUCAACGUGGAGAAACCGGAAACUGCUGUAUCGCGGUGGGCUAGAGCACGUACACGAGCUGCCAAAGUUGGUAAAGGAUUGUCAAAAGAUGAAAAAGCUCAGAAACUUGCUCUGCAGCAUUGGCUAGAAGCUAUUGAUCCACGACACCGGUAUGGUCACAACUUACACUUCUACUACGAUAUAUGGUUCGAAAGUGAAAGCUCUCAACCUUUCUUCUACUGGUUGGAUGUUGGAGACGGGAAAGAGAUAAAUCUCGAGAAGUGUCCUAGGUUCAAUCUGCAGCAUCAAUGCAUCAAGUAUCUAGGACCUAAAGAACGUGAAUCGUAUGAAGUAGUUAUUCAGGACGGGAAACUUGUCUAUAAACAAAACGGUGUCUUUGUGGAGACGGUAGAGGGUUCAAAAUGGAUCUUUGUUCUUAGCACAACAAGAACAUUGUAUGUAGGAAAAAAGAAGAAAGGUGUGUUUCAACACUCGAGUUUUCUAUCUGGUGGUGCAACUACUGCUGCUGGUAGACUCGUUGCUCAUGGUGGCGUUUUGAAGGCUAUUUGGCCAUACAGCGGACACUAUCACCCCACGGAAGAGAACUUCCGGGAGUUCAUUAGUUUCCUCGAGGAGCAUAGUGUAGAUCUUACAAACGUCAAGAGAUGUUCUGUUGACGAUGAUGAUCAUUCGUUUAGAGUUAACAACGAGGGAUCGAAUCAUCAAUCACUCAUUACUAAAGAAUCACCCAAGAGAAGUACUUCUGAUGAAACAGAGGAAAAAACAGAGGUCAAUACAACAGAUGAUGAACGCGAAGACAAGAAACAAGAAGACACAUCGUUUAGCUUUGCUAAACGUUUGUCUCGAAAAUGGUCAACAGGAAACGGGCCUCGUAUUGGUUGUGUUAGGGAAUAUCCAACGGAGUUACAGUUCCGAGCACUUGAACAAGUUAACUUGUCACCACGAGUUGCUAACGGAGGUUUCAACAUGUAUGGCCCUAUCCCCUCGCCAAGACCUAGCCCGAAGAUUCGUCUUUCUCCUAGGAUUGCAUAUAUGGGACUACCUAGUCCAAGGACACCUAUUUCAGCAGCUAACUAAAGCAACAUUUUACAUUUGCACCAGCUGAUGAUGGAUGUCUCGAAAACAGGUUUCAGUAUCCGACCCAUUUCUUUUGCUUGAUCAGGACCACGAGUCACAUUCAGUUGUUCGUUUAUAGUAUCCUGACCUCUGACUAAAGAUGGAGAAGUAGAUGCAACAAACUAACUAAAAUCGUUAUUUAUUCGUUCAUUCAUGUUUGAUUUAUUUGUACAAGAUGGCUUCAUUUAGCCUAAUUAAUCAUCUUUUAUCAAAGUAUUGAAGGAUGGCUUUGAUUAACAUUUUUGUACAAUUUUUUUCAUAUUUUUUAGCAUCAAUGAAUUGAAGUUGAAGUGAAAGCUCUUUACAUA